AUGGCCCCUCAAAGAUAUGAAGCGGUGAAUACUCACGACGACGAACCUGGCUCUCCUCUCACUCCUCACUCGAGCCAUGGCAUUCCCGCUUCUCCUCCUCCAUCCUUUCACUCUAGGGCAUCAUCACCGACAGGCCGCCGAUUAUUGAGACAGGACUCCCUUGCCAGCGAUGCCGAUCGGGACCUUGAAGACACCUUUGACGAUGGAGAGGCCUCAGAUGCAGACAAUGAUGGCGACGAUAGGCAACGUUUGAUGAGGGCUGAUCCUCCUUCCGCUGCUCAACAUCCGCCAACUCCUCGCGUACCUUCUACGAAUUCACUCUCAGCACCUCCGGUCGAGCGAAGGGUGACUGAACUGCCAGCAUUUAGACCAAUGCCAGCAUCUGCGCGAGCGAUGGAUGGUGUGUUUGCAAAUUUGUCGGCAAAGCCUGAAAGAGGAGAACCCAUCGAUGACAAGCCACCUACAUAUGAACAAGCUGCUGCUGAUGCCACUCCACCCUAUUGGGAGACUACUAUUUUGGCUCCUGGCAUGUCUUCCGACGAGGUGUAUGUUGACGGACUCCCUGUUGGUUCCGUCUUCUCCUUUAUUUGGAACGGCAUGAUUUCCAUGUCUUUCCAACUGGUCGGUUUCCUCCUCACUUAUCUGCUUCAUACGACACAUGCUGCAAAACACGGCAGUCGAGCCGGUCUUGGCUUGACUUUGGUUCAGUAUGGAUUUUAUAUGACCGGCUCAGGCGAUGGUGGCCAGGAUAGUGGCAAUCCAGGACAAUUUUCCAACUCUUCGCCCCCCGAUCCCAAUAGCCAUAAUUUCGAUCCGAACGCGGUCGAUGGAUCAGGAACUCCAAGCUCAGGAGGCCACGGAUUGGGAGGAUUUACAAGCGCAGAUUGGAUAUCCUACGUCUUAAUGAUUGUUGGCUGGUUUAUUCUUAUUCGGGCCGUCUCGGACUUUUUGCGGGCGAGACGGCACGAGCAGCUGGUUUUGCAAAGCCCGAACCGUGGCCUUCCAGUACCGGUGGUUGCUGAGGGUGAAACUGCCGAGCAAGUCGCCUAG